UCCGUUGCCGCCCGAGGUCGGCCGUCGCUGCCCGAUGACCGUGCGGGAGCCGACGACGGCGUCCAGCGACAAGCCCGACAUGCAGCAGCACGUGGACGAGGAGCUGGUGGCCGCGGCACCGAACCAGCGCAACUGGCGCGGCAUCAUCCUCGCGCUGCUGGUCAUCACCUUCAUCUUCUCCAUGAUCGUCGUUUCGGCCAUCAUGCUGACGCCCAAGGACACCCGGACGCCGGUCACCGGACGCCGCUUCACUUUAGAAGAUGUCGUCGGCACCGACUUCAAGAUCAACGCCUUCAACGGCUCUUGGCUCUCAGAUCACGAGCUGGUGUACCGGGACAUGUGGGGCGGCCUCUCCGUGCUCGACUGCGAGAGUCUGGCCACUCGCACACUGGUCAGCAACGUCACCUUCAGGCAGCAUAAUGUGCGGCAUUUCUGGGUCUCAUCUGACCAGCAGUACGUCCUCCUGGCCCACAACGUCCGCCAGAAGUUUCGCCACUCGUACAUUGCCCAGUACACCGUCUACGACAUCGCCCGAGGACACAGACACUGCGAAGCGAGUGCCAGAUUUAGAGGCGUGUUGCCAGUGCUGAGGACGACGCCUCAUAGAACGGAGCUGGUGGCCGCGGCACCGAACCAGCGCAACUGGCGCGGCAUCAUCCUCGCGCUGCUGGUCAUCACCUUCAUCUUCUCCAUGAUCGUCGUUUCGGCCAUCAUGCUGACGCCCAAGGACACCCGGACGCCGGUCACGGACGCCGCUUCACUUUAG